CCUUCCGCUAGCAUUAGCGGCUGGUUUGUUAUUGACAGCAACGCCGCGUAGCUCAACACUACUGGAACAGUUUCAUCUCCUUGUCGGAGCAAAAUGGCAUCAUCUAGCUCAUACAAACUCAGGUGCUCCAUCCCUGGCCAUGAAAUGGACGUCAGGGGGCUGACGGCUGCUCUUUUUCCAGAGGGGGCUUUCGUUUCUGUGUCCAGAGACCGAACCGGAAGAGUCUGGGUUCCAAACUCAAGCCCAGACAGAGGCUUCACAGAGAUGCACUGCAUGUCAGGCCAUUCAAAUUUUGUAUCCUGUGUAUGCAUCAUCGCACCCAGUGACACUUAUCCCCGGGGACUUAUUGCCACAGGUGGGAAUGAUAAUAACAUUUGCGUUUUCACACUGGACCGACCACAGCCACUAUUCACUCUCAAAGGCCACAAAAAUACAGUUUGCGCUCUGUCAUCUGGGAAGUUUGGGACACUUUUGAGCGGCUCGUGGGACACUACAGCCAAAGUCUGGCUCAAUGAGAAAUGCAUGAUGACCUUGCAGGGCCAUUCUGCAGCAGUGUGGACAGUCAUCAUCUUACCUGACCAAGGCCUUAUGCUCUCUGGAUCAGCAGAUAAGACCAUAAAGCUUUGGAAGGCCGGCCGAUGUGAGAAGACGUUUACAGGUCACGAGGACUGUGUUAGGGGACUAGCAGUGAUCAGCAGCACCGAGUUCUUCUCCUGCAGCAAUGACACAAGUAUCAGAAGGUGGCUUGUGACGGGCGAAUGUGUACAAGUCUAUUACAGUCACACAAACUACAUCUACAGCUUAGCCGUCUUCCCCAAUUGCCAAGAUUUCAUAAGCACAGGAGAGGACAGGACUGUGAGAAUAUGGAGGAACGGAGAGUGCUCUCAGACCAUCCGCCUGCCUGCCCAGUCUGUCUGGUGCUGCUGUAUUCUGCCUAAUGGUGACAUAGCUGUCGGAGCCAGCGAUGGCAUUAUUCGCGUGUUUACUGAAGCUGAGGACCGCAUGGCAAGCGCAGAGGACCUGCAGGCCUUCGAGGACGAGCUCUCCAAAGCCACCAUCGACCCCAAGACGGGGGACCUUGGAGACAUCAAAAUGGAGGACCUUCCUGGAGUGGAACACCUUAAUGAGCCUGGAAAUCGUGAUGGACAGACACGACUGAUUAAAGAUGGCCAGAAGGUGGAAGCCUACCAGUGGAGUGUCAGCGACGGCCGCUGGAUGAAAAUAGGAGAUGUGGUCGGAGGCUCAAACCAACAGACGUCCAAGAGUGUGGUGUAUGAAGGAAAGGAAUACGACUACGUCUUCACCAUUGAUGUGAACGAGGGAGGGCCGUCCAUGAAGCUGCCUUACAACGUGUCGGAGGACCCCUGGCUGACGGCACACAACUUCUUACAGAAGAAUGACCUCAGCCCCAUGUUCCUCGACCAGGUUGCCAAUUUCAUCAUUGAGAACACCAAAGGACAUGUGGUGGGACCGGCUCAGCCCGCUGGUGGUGACCCGUUCACUGGAGGAGCUCGGUAUAUACCUGGUUCCCUUGAUGACAGGCCAGCCUUUGGAGCUGAUCCCUUCACAGGCGCUGGACGUUAUAUCCCAGGGUCAGGCCCGAACCCAAGCGCUCCUGUAGGGGUGGCAGAUCCUUUCACAGGAGGAGGGGCCUACUCCUCAGCAGCCCUGAGACAGACGGCGACCAAUAUUUACUUCCCCAAGACAGAUGGCGUGACCUUUGAGCAAGCCAACACUUCACAGAUCAUCGGCAAGCUGAAGGAGCUAAAUGGAAGUGCCCCUCAGGAGCAAAAGCUCUCAGAAGAAAUUCUGGAAAGCCUCGAGAGGCUGCUGGUGUCUGUUUGUGGGCCCGACUCUUCUGAGCCUCCCCCCACCCUGCAACAAAUCAACUUGCUGUGGAAAGCCUCUCACUGGCCUGAAGACAUCUUGUUUCCAGUCCUGGACAUUAUGAGGCUGGCGGUGCGCCAUCCGCAGGUUAAUGAGAGCCUCUGUGGAGAGGCAGAAGGGGUCCAGCUGUGCAACCACCUGCUGAGCCUAAUGAGGCCUGAGGGGCGUCCUGCCAACCAGAUGCUGGCUCUGCGGACUCUGUGUAACUGCUUCAGCGGCAGGCACGGCAGAGCCCUCCUCAUGGCCCAGCGUGAAACGGUGCUAUCACGUGCUGCCGACCUGGCCACCGUCUGCAAUAAGAACAUCCACAUCGCCCUGGCCACCCUGGUGCUCAACUACGCUGGCUGCCUGCACAGCCAGCCCGACCUUGAAGCCAAGGCCCAGUGCCUGUCGGUGGCGAGCAGAGCCCUGGAGACGGUACAAGACAAGGAGGCUGUGUUUAGGCUGCUGGUGGCCUUGGGAACCACCGUGGCCUCAGAUCAGACAGCCCAGGACCUGGCUCGCUCCUUGGGGGUCAACUCUCAGAUAUCCAAGUACUCAUCUAUGUCUGAUCCACCAAAGCUUGGCGAGUGUUGCCAGCUGGUUUUAAAAGAACUACAAUGAUGUGAAUAAUUAGAAAAAAAAGAGCACUUCUUUCUAUUACCCUAUUCUACUUAAUUGGUUGUGAUGAAUGACUUAAAUAAUUGUUCAAAUGUUCAACAAUAAAAAGAGAACAAAGGAAAACUC